CCAGCCACGGCAACCAGUGAUUGAAACUGUCUUUUUCGUCGCGCGGUGAAGGGUUGCGUUUAUCCGCACUUUUCCCGGCGGUUAAACGGCGGCGAAACAAACAGAGCAGUUAACACGCAGAAAACAAGAUUUAAAACCAAACAAAACUUGGAUCUGUUGCGUUUGCGUUCCGUAACCAACGCGGAACAUACCUCUAUCUCUUUUGUGAUUAUUUCCCUUUUUCUCUGGACAAGAAAAGGCUGUUGGAUUGGAUUCGAGCAGACGGGCUUUUUACUUCAGAACGGCGUGAUAAGAAGUUUCUACGUGUUUUAGACUUAACUCGGAGGUCGCAUUUUAAAUGUAGGAAAGGCGACUAACGAUAAUUCCAUCCUGCUGGUUGACUGGCACCAAUUCCAAAGUUACUUUCCAGAUGCAGAGUAAACAAACACGGUUUGCAAGCGACGAAAGACAUUGCCUAUCCGUGUAAGCGUUUACUUAGAGACCUUUUGCGUCUUUCAUCAUUGGGAGUUUUGAGGAGAGGGCUUGUUUUUGAGGAGAAGGCUUGUUUCUCGAUGCACUGAAUGAGGAGGAACGUCCCAUGUGUGGCAUUCACUCUUUCUGACAACCCUCCAGCCUUAAGUUUCUCUGUGGUGCGUCUUGAGUCUACAUUCCUUUAUCACCAAGUCUUACAAUUAAACCAGAAUGGCUAACAACAGUGCAGACCAUCCGCCGGGGAACUCUGUCGCCGAGGUCGACCAUGAAGGGGACUUUGGUUGUACAAUGAUGCAGCUCCGUGAGCUGAUGGAGCUCCGCAGUGGCGAGGCUGUCAGCAAGAUUGCAGAAUGCUAUGGAGAUGUGCAAGGGAUCUGCCGUAGGCUCAAGACCUCACCUAUCGAGGGACUCUCCGGUAACCCUGCUGAUAUAGAAAAGCGGCAUACAUCGUUUGGUAAAAACUUUAUCCCCCCGAAGAAGCCCAAGACUUUUCUGCAGUUGGUAUGGGAGGCCCUGCAGGAUGUCACUCUUAUUAUUCUGGAGGUGGCAGCCAUUAUUUCUCUCGCCCUGUCCUUCUACCACCCGCCAGAGGGAGACAACGCCGCCUGUGGCGAAGUGGGAGGUGUAGAGGAUGAAGGUGAAUCCCAAGCAGGUUGGAUUGAAGGUGCUGCCAUCUUGUUCUCUGUUAUUAUUGUGGUGCUGGUGACGGCCUUUAAUGACUGGAGCAAGGAAAAACAGUUCCGUGGGCUGCAGAGCCGCAUUGAGCAGGAGCAAAAGUUCACAGUGAUCCGCAAAGGUCAGGUCAUCCAGAUCCCGGUGGCUGAAAUCGUCGUGGGAGAUAUCGCACAAAUCAAAUACGGUGACCUUCUCCCUGCUGAUGGUAUCUUGAUCCAGGGUAAUGACUUGAAAAUUGAUGAAAGCUCCCUGACUGGGGAGUCCGAUCAGGUCCGCAAAUCUCUGGAAAAGGACCCCAUGCUCCUUUCUGGAACUCAUGUGAUGGAAGGAUCUGGCCGAAUGGUGGUCUCAGCUGUGGGCCUGAAUUCUCAGACUGGAAUCAUUUUCACCCUGUUAGGCGCCGGUGAGGAUGAGGAGAAGAAGGUGAAGAAAGGUGAGAACUUAAAGCACUUUCAUUCUCAUUUAGAUAACUCUCUCUUUGAGUGAGUAAACCAGUCUGCCUCUCUAGUUGGGAGGUUACCUGCCGUCAGCCAGCCACAGGUAAGAGCUAUUUACCUGAUUUGCUGAACUGUCUCCCUCCCCCAAAACGCCGGCUUUUCUGAAACCCUUUGCCAUGGUUACAAUUUGCCAUUAUUUUAGGCAAUAAUCACAGUUAGUGGAGAGAUGUACAAUGCCCCUUGAGUCACUUUCCAUUGUACUAACUCUUUUAUCUUAUAAGUUUUAGUUUGAUUUUGUGUUUUCUUUUUCUCCAUUUUUUUUCUCUGUUAGCUCAUAUGCUACAGUAAGUUUGGCUAGUUAUUUCUAAUAAGCCGAAUGUAUAAAAAAAAAAA